AUGGUGUCGAACGUGUACAAGGCUGUACAAGGCAUGAAGAAGCAACAUGGAGAAGUUCGACGCAAGAUUGCGGGACGAAGGCAACGAACAGUGUCAACGCGAUCAGGCAGGGAAGCCGCGGAAGUUGCCCAGACUACUGCUUUGGGGAGUGCCAUUGAUGCUAUGUGGAAUCGAUACUUCCUUAUCUGUAGGCUGCCUCGUGCUGUGGACCGCCCAACGCCCAUUUUCGUUAUGGUCAUCAGACAUAAAGUCCUGUUCGCCGCGUUUCAGAGUCACUGUUCGUUGCCUUCAUCAAACCCUCCCCUCUCGUCUCUCUCUAUGUCUCUCGCAUUAUCGACCGUCACGCCCAGAUUGUUCCUGCGCCACUCUUCCCAAAUCUCCUUUGAGACUUCGUCAGAGGAUUCCUUGGAUGCAAGGCACCUUCGCUCAUUGCUCAGUACAGUGAUGCCCGAAGGUGCCAUUGGCAUCUCAGCCUCGUAUCGGGAAAAUCGCAAGCUUAGCGCUAUCGCUUUCUCUUCACCGUCUAGAGCUCUGGUGGUACACCUCACCGGUGGUGAUCUGUCUCCAGACAGUAACCGUAGCAAGCGAAAUAGGGGAAGGCACCUCCUCCAGAAAGAAAUUCUCUGCAAUGAAGACUACCGGAAGUAUGCAUUCAACAUGGAUCGUAUUGCGAUUGCCUUGUACUUGGACAUGGCACUGCGCAUUGAUAGUGCGGUGGAUAUGCUCUCGGUGUCAUUUGGUAACAGGCGAUCGCUGCAGGCGCUCAUGAAUGCCAUGGGCGGCGAGUGGACUUUACACAAGUCAAACGUGAAAGCGUUAUUUUUUAGUAACGAGUCGUGCCCCGUAUCAAUUUCCGACCUUGUCCAGCAAGCCUGGGCAGCUUGUCAAGCGUCUAUCCUCCCUGACAUGGCCGGGCGCAUCCCCGCGCUGGGUAGGAUCAGCACGAGUACGAUACCAGAUAAGCAUAUGACAGUGCUUGCCAAGAUCUCGCGUGAUGGAGAGCUUUUAGAUUCCUUGAAGCCACUUUCUGUGAGGAACGAUGUUGUACCAGGUAUCACGGGGGCGAUGGAUGGUCUUACAUUGACUUCUGACCGCUACUCGACUCGUAUCAGAAGCUCCGCUCAGCAGGUCCUCCAGAUAGAAACACGGAACGGUGUUCAAGUAUCGGGUCGUGCCAUCCACGUCGAAGGGCGCCAGGCACACAUCGAAAUUUCCGGUUCUCUCCAUGGUGACGAAAUACAGUCGGUGACGACAUUUGGCAAGGCGGACCUCACGUCUGCAGAGGCUUGUCGCGAAAGCAUUAUCCUCGCUAUCUUGAAAGGGGAGUCCACUGUCAUGUCACAUCCUUUUUUUACGGCCAUAUGGCUCCCAAACGAUCCAAUUCGUUGGCUAUCACCCGUCCAUCUGAAGCCCGAGAUACCGACUCAUUGCCGAAAACUCAAAGUCAACGCCUCUCAGGAAAAAGCUAUCGAAAAAAUCUUGUCUGCCGCGGAUAAGGAUCGAGUAGUGCUGAUUCAGGGAGCCCCAGGAACCGGCAAGACGACAGUCAUCACUGCUGCUAUUACCAGCAUUAUUUCAGCCACCGGUGCCAGUAGUCGGACUGUUUGGAUAGCUGCACAAUCAAACGUCGCUGUGAAGAACAUUGCCGAGAAGUUUGCCAGCGAGGAAUUCUAUGAUUUCAAACUGCUGGUGUCGAAGGAAUUCCACUUUGGGUGGCAUGAGCAUCUUUACGAGAAGCUUGAAUCGUGCCUCAUUUGCUCUGAUGAGUUCAGUGACGAUGUCGCCGGCACGUCCAGCCAACUUGGCGGGGCUAGGGUCAUCCUGUGCACACUAAGCAUGUUAUCAAAUAACCAUAUAGCGUCCUUCGUUCAUGUCAAUCCGGUAGACGUUCUAAUCUUUGACGAAGGAAGUCAGAUAGAAGUCGGAAAUUACCUCCCGGUUAUCCACCGCUUUAUGCACAGCCUAACAAAGCUGGUCUUUAUUGGAGACCCUAAGCAGCUGCCACCUUAUGGUCAAGAGGACAUCUCGACACUACAGAGUAUCUUCGAACUCAAGCACCUUCGCAAAGAAGUACUAUUCUUGGAUACGCAGUAUCGCAUGCCGAGCGCCGUCGGCGACUUCAUAUCACAGAAAGUCUACAAUGGAAAGCUGAAGACCUGUCAUGAAGACCUCGUCCGUUUCCCGUGCCGCUUCGUCAAUGUUGAAAGAGGACAGGAAAAACAGUCAGAAAAGAGUUGGACCAAUCCUUCAGAAGCACGAGUUGUAGUGCAGAUUGCCGGUGAAUACCAGGCUAAUAGACUUGACUUUCGUAUCAUCACACCAUACGAUGCCCAACGCGCCCUCAUUGAACAUGAGCUGGAAGAGGCAAACUUACAUCAUGAGGACAAAGUAUUCAACGUAGACUCAUUUCAAGUUCCAGGCAACGAGGCAGAACACAUCAUCAUCUCUGUGGUCAGAACGGACAAACUUGGCUUCCUGGCUAACCAGCGACGAACCAAUGUCAUGCUCACCCGUUGCAAGAAGGCCAUGGUUAUAUGCACGAGCAAAGCAUUUAUAUGGGGUCCAGCGGCAUCAACUCUCAUUGGAGAGCUUGCAGCCACUCUUGGACCACAAGCAUGGGUACAUGGAGACCUUCAACUCAUCAUGCCUCCCCGGGAUGUAGUACUGCGUCGCCCCAACACUCACUUACCUGUACACCACGUUGCCGAUACGCGAACGCAACGCGGUCACACACCCAGUAGCUUCCCGACAUCUCCUCAAAAUCGACCACAAGCGCGGGAAUAUGGAGGUGCUCAACUCACUACACCGCUCCGAGAGAUAGUAUUGCACCGCCACACCACUCGUUUGACUGCACACCACCCCCCCACAUUCGCAAAUGUUGCGGCCGGACGAACCCAAGGCGGUCACUCACUCACCAGUUCCUCGACAUCACCCCAAGAUCACCCAUCAUCAUCGCGAUCACGCCGACGGAACGCCUCUAAAACCCACCCUACAACCGAACAAGGACCGUGUGUUAAAAAUGUGCGGCUGGAAAUUGGGGUCGAUCGGGGUCGCUAUAGUCGCUAGUUACAAAGACAGCGUGGUGCGACAUCACCCAAAGAAAGCAGUUUCUGCAUUAUAGUGGGGUCGGUUCUCGGAAGAGCUCAUUUCGAUGAGGCCCGGUUGCUUGUAGCCUACUAUCCACUAACCUUCGACAUGUGACGAAUCUUUAAGUAUGCCGUGAUCUGAAACCUGCC